CUGUUUCUACACAUCCCCUGACCCGCGAGACCGUGCCGCGGGCGUGCGGGUGAGGGAGGGAGGACGGGAGUGGGGCUAGGGUGCCGGCCGGCGCGGGCGCGAGGGCGGCCACUCCGAUGGCGGCGGACGCGGGCAAGCGGCUGGAGGUGGACGACGUCUUCUCCUUCGCCGACGACCUCGUGGGCGUGCUCCGCGGCAGCGAAGACGGCGACGACGGCGCGAGCGCGCGGAUGCUGCAGUCCGCCUGCCGCUCCGAGUCUGACGACCUCGAGCUGCAGCUGAGAGAUUGUCAUGAAAAAAUACGCUCCUGCAAGGAAAAGAUAGACAAAGCAAAAGUUGAAACCAUUGCUGAUGAUGAACUGAAUGCACUGCAAAAUAAGAUGGACGCAAAACUCCAGGAAGAGAAACAGCUUCGCCAAGAUUUAAGAGCAGUACAUGAUGAGCUUGAUAACCUAGACCGUCAGAGUGCUUCUAUUGAAGAAAGGAAGGAUGCUAUUAAGAAGAAGGAGAAAGACAUGCGGAAGGCACAAAAUAUGCUUUCCAUUUGUGUGUCCGUUACCAAUAUCAUGCCAAAUUUGGACGACCAGGAUAAGGUUUCCGGCUACAUUGUCGACAAAAAUGGGAAGAAGAUAGAGAAGUUCGAGUUUGAGAAGAAGACGUCACCAGUUGAGAUCUGCAACAAGCUCUGGAAGAAGAUUCAGUGCUCUAUCGAGGGUUAAUCCUCGACAAUGAUUUUGGGAUGUACCGGUCGAAGGGCGCGUGAACAACGCUGAAGUUGUGCGUUCGUUGGUGUGUGUUGAACUCAAGAAUACGAGGUUAUUCAGUUUUAUGCUCUUCUCGAAGGAUAACAGUCAUACGUUAUGUGUAUUUUGUUAU